CAUGGCUCCGCUGCCCAAUGACUCCUGGCACAACGACUCCGCCCUGAUCUUCACCGGCCUGGACCUGCUCCUGGAGCUGAAGCCGCUCUUCAUCCCGCUCUAUGCCACGCUGGUGGCGGUGGCGUGCAUCGGGAACCUCUUCCUCAUCCUCCUCAUCGCCCUCACCAAGAAGCUGCACUGCACCACCAACUUCCUGAUCGGGAACCUGGCGGUGGCCGACUUCAUCAUGUGCCUGGCCUGCGUCCCUCUCACAGUAUCCUAUGCCUUCGAGGAGCGAGGCUGGCUCUUUGGCAUGUUCAUGUGCCACUUUGUCACCCUGCUGCAGGCCGCCACCGUCUUCGUGUCGGUGCUGUCCCUCACGGCCAUCGCCAUCGACCGCUACGUGGUGGUGGCGUACCCGAUCCGCAGGCGGAUCAGCCGCAGGGCCUGCGUCGGCCUCGUGGCCUGCAUUUGGCUGCUCUCCAUCGUGGCCUCUGUGCCCACCUCACUGCACACCCACUACUUGGACCUCAAUGCCAUCGGCCACGACAUGAUCAUCUGCGAGGAGUUCUGGAAGCACGAGGAGAGGGAGCGGCUGCUGUACUCAUGCCUGAUGCUGCUGCUCUCCUACAUGCUCCCGCUGCUGGCCGUGUCCAUCUCCUUCUGUGCCAUCACCCACCACCUGCACAGGAGGAACGUGCCAGGGGCCGCCCAUCCUUGCCGGGACAAGUGGACCAGGACCAAGCACAAGACCUUCCGGGUGCUCAUCAUUUCCGUGGUCUGCUUUGCCAUCUGCUGGCUGCCUCUGCAGGUGGUCAACUUCAUCCGGGACAUCGAUGAGGAGUUCACCAUCCUGGACAAGAGGUAUGUCAAUGUCAUCCAGGUCUCGUGCCACCUGAUCGCCAUGAGCUCUGCUUGCUACAACCCCUUCAUCUACGCCUCCCUCCACGACAAGUUCUGGUUCCACCUCAGCAGCUACUUCUACCGCAAGAAGCAGAGCUCCAGGACCAUGUCCUGCAAGGCUUCCCGCUUCAACACCUGCUCCACCCUGGCAGACGCUCCCACCGGGGCCUCGGACAAGAUAGCUUUGCAAUCCAGGUUACCUUAGCUGGA